UCCUCAGGGGGCGGGGCUCCGCACCUGCGGCUAGCCCGGUCCGGGCAGUUGAGGCGGAAGCUCCGGCCUGGCUUCGCCGCGCGGCGGCGGCGUCUGCGGGGCGGUGGCGCCGGCCCGUUCGUCUGAGGGAGGCCGCGGGCCUUCGGCGCAGGGCGGCGGCUCCCGGAAGGCCUCUGCAGGCCCCUCGUCGGCCGGCCCUCCCGCCGGGCUGGCCCCGCGGCCGCGUCUCUUGCGCCGGGUACGGAGGCGGGGAGGCCGCGCGGAGCCGCCGAGCUUCCCUGCGCUCUCCGGUGCUGCUGCGCCCGGGUGUGGGUGGGGGUCCCUCGGCAGGUGGACCCCGGCAUAGGCGGGUAGGUGGCUUCCUCCGGCCCGGCUGCGGCCCGGAGGGGAAGGCGCCGCGCUGGGCCCAGACGCAGAGCCGAGUCCCGGUUCUUGCUUUCGGAGAGCAGCCCUCUAACCAGGGUGUUGCAGCUCUGCUGGAUGGUGCAAGGCAUGGAACGGUUUGCCAGCUCCGGGACCCAGACGGAGGCAGUGGUGGUGCUGUCGCUGGCCCAAGCCGCUGUCUUGGGUCUGGUAUCUGAGAAUGAGUUCUUGGGAGGCACGGUCAAUCCAGACAGCAUUUUCUCCAGCUUGGCAGGAAAACUGGAUGACGCAGCAGCAGCAGCAGCAGCAGCCGAACUGAAGCAGCCCGAAAGCAGCAGCCCAGCUGGCCCAUCCCAGGGGGAGCCCCUUGAGGAAGAGGAGGGCCUGGAGGCAGAAGCCCCCUUUGGGAAACAGGCACGGAGGAGGAAGCGCCCCCCUAUGCGCCUGGUGCCAAACGUGAAGCACGAGAGGGGCGAGAUGGAGGAGGAGGAGGAGGAGGAGGGCAGUCCCGAAGCGCCUGCCGGAGGCCCCGAGGAGCAGGUGGAGAGCAGCAACCCAGAGGAGCCCUGUCCUGAGCCAACAAGGCAGAGUGGCACCGGCAGGAUGGCAAGCCUCAGCCCCUUCAGCAGGCGGCCUCAGCCAGUGCAGCCUCCGCGAAGGCCCCUGCAGCAAGAGCAUUCCUUGGGAGCCUACGAGGAAAGGUUCCCCGGCUCACCCCAAGCUGGCCUGAACAGGGCAGAAGCCUUUCCCAGCGGCUGCAGUUUCCCACCCGGCCUGCCGUCCCUGAGUGGCAUGGAGAACCAGCUGCCAGCCUCUCCCCCAGAGCAAGGCAAGAGUGGAGCAGGCUUCGCCUGGCAGGAGCCCCUGGACUUUGAGGCGGAGGUCCCCGGUGAGCACAGCAAGAAGGUGCACAUGGACCGCCUGGACAUCAAUGUCCAGAUUGAUGAUUCCUACCUGGUGGAGAAGCGCUGGCAGUGCCGUCUGUGCGAGAAGUCCUAUACCUCCAAGUACAACCUGGUGACCCACAUCCUGGGGCACAACGGCAUCAAGCCCCACUCCUGCCCACACUGCAGCAAGCUCUUCAAGCAGCCCAGCCACCUGCAGACCCACCUGCUCACCCACCAGGGCACCCGGCCCCACAAGUGCCAGGUGUGCCACAAGGCCUUCACCCAGACCAGCCACCUCAAGCGCCACAUGCUGCUGCACUCAGACGUCAAGCCCUACAGCUGCCGCUUUUGCGGCCGUGGCUUUGCCUACCCCAGUGAGCUCAAGGCCCACGAGGGGAAGCACGAGAGCGGGCGCUGCCACGUCUGCGUGGAAUGCGGCCUGGACUUCUCCACCCUCACCCAGCUCAAGCGCCACCUGGCCACGCACCAGGGGCCCACACUGUACUCGUGUCCCGAGUGCAACAAGUCCUUCCACUACCGCAGCCAGCUGCAGAACCACACCCUCAAGCACCAGAACGUGCGGCCCUUCGUCUGCACCGAGUGCGGCAUGGAGUUCAGCCAGAUCCACCAUCUCAAGCAGCACUCGCUCACCCAUAAGGGCGUGAAGGAGUUCAAGUGCGAGGUGUGUGGGAGAGAGUUCACGCUGCAGGCCAACAUGAAGCGGCAUAUGUUGAUCCACACCAGCGUGCGCCCCUAUCAGUGCCACAUCUGCUUCAAGACCUUCGUGCAGAAGCAGACGCUCAAGACCCACAUGAUUGUGCAUUCGCCCGUCAAGCCAUUCAAGUGCAAGGUGUGUGGGAAGUCCUUCAACCGCAUGUACAACCUCCUGGGCCACAUGCAUCUGCACGCCGGCAGCAAGCCCUUCAAGUGUCCUUACUGCUCCAGCAAGUUCAACCUGAAGGGGAACCUCAGUCGACACAUGAAAGUCAAGCACGGCGUGAUGGAUAUCAACCUGGACAGCCAAGAUCCCAUGCUGGACCUGGCAGGCACCAAUCCCUCAGAACUGGACGGGCAGCAGGAGAUGGACGAUUACGAGGAAAACGCCUACGACUAUGGGGCAGUGGGGAACCCCAGCGGUGGGUCUGCUUUGGCAGAACAGACCAUGAAGGAGAUAGCCUACUACAACAUGUUAUAGUUGGAAUGGGAAGGGCCUGGUUAAGGGGGGAUGGAGGGGGUUACCACCCCCCUAAAGUGGGCUGCACAGGAGAGCCCUGGGAGGAGCCUGCUGGACCUGCGGCCCUUGCUCCGUUACAGCCUCUGCGGCCCUCCCAGCCGCCUCUUGACCAGGUGUGGCUCUAGCUGGGUUCCAGCCUUGUGGGACUCCACUUGCCUUACUCUACCUCCCACACUUGGCCAGGGCGACCUUUAAGACCCAGCCCAAGUCGUGGCCGAAGCGACUGGGGGGAGAGAGGCUAAGCAGAUCUCCCUCGGUUUGCUACCAGACUGGACCACAAGCGCUUGCCUCCCACCCACGUUGCAAUCUACCUCUGCCCUGCACUCUGAAAGAGCAGCCUGGGUCAGGAAGCCUCCCGAUUCAGUGGACUACAAAGCGCCUCCCCUUACUUGGCAGAAUGGUCACGGCGCGCCCUGCACAGUCUGUGGCCAUGUUCUAUUCCUGGGGCAUUGCCACAAAGUGGAUUGCCCCUUUUGUGCGUAGAGCUACUGUGUUUAUUUUCCAGUUCUGAAGAAGUUCAGCAAUAAAUGAAUAUUGUUUGGCA